AUGACAGUUACAACCGACAACGACUCUUACGUGUUCCAAGGUUUGAUCGACAGAAAGCUACCAGAAGUUCAAGGUGGUAAGGGCUGCAAGAUCAUUGUUGAAAAGAAUGGUAAAGUACACGAGGACAUUUUUGACGGUAUCACCGGUGCAGCUGUUGGUGCAUUGGGAUGGGGUGAUGAGGACAUCCAUGGAAUUAUGAGCGAAGCUGCCAAGACCCACACCUACACAUUCCCAUCUUUGAUUGGUAAUCCUCAAUCUGAAGAGUUGGCCAAAUUCUACAUUGAUAACUCACCAGAAGGUGUGUUCGCAUCAGCCUUAUGGUGUUGCAGUGGUUCUGAAGCAAACGAAAAUGCUAUGAAGAUCAUCAGACAAUACCAAGUCGAACGUGGUCAAAGCAAGAGAACCAAGAUCAUCUCUAGAGAAUCUUCGUACCACGGUUUCACUUUGGGUGCCUUGUCCAUCUCUCACAACCCAAGAGCCGAGCAAUUCAAAGAGAUCUUGCUUGACCAAAACGAGCUUUGCUUGAAGAUGCCUGUCUGCUACCCUUACAGAUUUAUGAAGAAAGGUGAAACAGAAGAGGAGUACUCUGCCAGAUUGAUUGACAGCUUGGAAAAAUUGAUUUUGGACAACGAUCCAACUACGAUCUCCGUUGUGCUUGUCGAGACUUUGCCAGGUUCUUCCUUGGGUACUACUCCUCCACCAAAGGGCUACUUAUCUGGUAUCCGUCGUAUCUGUAACAAGUACGAUAUUGUUUUCAUGCUUGAUGAGGUUAUGUGCGGGACUGGUAGAUCCAAUCCUAACGGUAAGCUAAACUGCUGGGAAAACUUCUUAACCCCAGAAGAAGCCCCAGAUAUCCAAUCUGUAGGUAAGACUUUGGGUUCUGGGUACGUCACCAUUGCAGGUGUCUUGGUUAGUCCUAAGAUCAAGAAGGCCUACGUCGAGGGUACCAACAUGGUCAUCGGUUCUCACACAUACGCCUCCCACGGGUUCAACUGUGCAGUCGCCCUAGGUGUGCAAAAGAAGAUCUUGGGCAACGGGUUGACCAAGAACAUUUUCGAAAAGGGUAAUCUAAUGGGUGCCAAGUUGCAAGAAGCGCUACUAAAGGAGGAUAAUAUUGUCGGUGAUGUCAGAGGUAUUGGUGGUUUCUGGUCUCUCGAAUUCGUCAAAGACAGAGCAACCAAGGAACCAUUCCCAUACAAGACAGACGUCGCACACCGUUUCGAAGCAAUUUGCUUCGAAAACGGCAUCAACGUCAUGGGUAUGCAAGGUAACAUCGACUUUGUGUCCGGUGAUAUUGCUCUCUUGGCGCCAUCUUUCAUCAUCACCGAGGAUGACGUAGCAACUAUUGUUGAAAGAGUUACCAAGUCCGUCAACGAUUUGACUGCUGAAUUGAAGGCAGAAGGCCUAUUCUAA